GGCAGCGUUUAGGUCAUGUAAUUGAUUCUGUUGGAAAGGGGAGAAAUUGUGCUUUGACAUUACAGUUGAUCUGGAAGUAUUACGUUUUUGGGGCGCUAAAAUAAGGGCAAUUGUACGGACCAAGGCGAUGUACGAGUUUACGUUACACCUGUAAGUGCCCAGAAUUUCAAGAGUGACGUUGCUAAUGUGCACAGGUGUCGGUUGUUGAGGUGGCGGAGCAUUUUCACGAUGACAACUUUCCGUUUUUGACGACGACCGAAGCAUGAACGAGAAAUCCGACGAAGACAUUUUUGUAAGAAAAGAGCUGGACACUUGCCAAUUGUACGGACCAAGGCGAUGUACGAGUUUACGUUACACCUGUAAGUGCCCAGCAUUUCAAGAGUGACGUUGCUAAUGUGCACAGGUGUAGGUUGUUGAGGUGGCAGAGCAUUCUCACGAUGACAACUUUCCGUUUUUGACGACGACCGAAGCAUGAACGAGAAAGUCGACGAAGACAUUUUUGUAAAAAAGAUCUGGACACUUGCCAAAGUAGGCUGCUGCAAUAAUUAUUUGCGCGCAACGUUAAAUGCCAACGCUUGGCUGUAUCACUCUCACGUCAACUGCUGCUGAGAACGAGAUGAUUUAACUCUGGAGAAUGUCACAUUGUCCACUGUAAACUCGCUACCCCUAGUCUUUGCUCUGGCGGUUCAAGGAAGUGCGAAAUUGCGCACAGAUAACGGGGAGACAAUACAUUAAGACGGGAAACAGCAGCUGUGGUCAGACAGAAGGCGCAUGUUGAACUAUGGAGAUGUAUACUUCGAGGAAACUUUGCAUCUUGCUGUCGUUCACAUUUUUGUUUUUUACAGACAUCCAUUUCUUCAUCACUGAAAAAGAUAAGUAAUCGAGUUUAUCAUUUCAAAACUGACAAACUUUUUAUUUUUUUAUUUUUUACAUUUCUUAAAAUAAAUGUUUAUGUAUAAAAAAUAUUACAUUUUAACUUCAAUUAUCUAAACACAUCUCAACAAAAAAAAGAUAGUCACAAAUGUUGUAGCUUAGACCCUAUUUUACAUCUGAGUUAUUGUUGUGCCCACCAUUGGUUGAGACGGCAUGCUCUUGAACACAGGGUGGGUGUCAUUUCAAUCAUAGAAAUAGAAUUGACCUAUCCCUUCAGACCACUGCAAUUUAGCUGGUACACCUUUGACAUUUAAAUUGAAUUGACAUUUUAACUUCUAAUUACUGCCACGAAGAAGGCUUUUGGUCCACCCGCUGUCGAAUGUCAACUUUAAAUGGUAAUGUCUGUUCUAUAUAUUGAUGUUUCCUAUGGAGGAUUGAUAGUAUAAUUUAAAACAACAUUUCCAUUCAAGUCAACGUUCUCUGAUGUGUGGACAUCCAACCAUCUUUGUGGUACCAUUUGAAUGUCGACGUUUUCAUUUUAGUACAUUUAUCAGCCAAAACAUGACACCCACCCUGUAUUCAAGAGCAUGUUCUGUCUCAACUGAUGGCAGUCACAACACAAAAACCUCUGAUGUAAAAUAAGGUCUAAGCUACAACAUAUGUGAAUAUGAAAAAACAUUGGCGUUUUUAUAUAAUUGACGAUUAAGGAUAAAAACAUACUUUUUAUUAGAAAACAGUUUGACAACCCUGUUUGUAAGCUUUUAAAUGAUUUCAAUCUCACCGUACAUUUUUUUCAGUGUUGAUGUAAUAUGUGGUUGUAAUAUGGUGGGGAAAGCAAAAUAGGUACUUUUAUUUACCUUUUUAUAUCUUGAAUGUUUUGGCAUUCAGGUCCAAAAAGUCAUCCUUGGUCAAGAAGGCUAUAGUUUCUCAACGAGAACGUUGUUGGAGAAAAAUUGACUGAAAUCUCAAGAGGAUGUGCAGGCAGUCGAGUAUCCAUUGACGAGCAAGAUUUUUCUUGAUCUUUCGUCUGCUCAUUGGUGCUCAGUGGCAGGUGCUGGUUAUCUGCUUCCCCCACCUGGUUAUUUGGAGACAUUGCAGUCUCUCUGGCCAUGUGGUUUUUAUUGAGUAAAUCUCCACUCAAUCAGAACAGGCAGUGGACUGGGGUGAUGACAUCCUUAGCGGCUUUGCCAACAACCGCAUGCAUCCGGUUUUUAGGUGUGCUGGCCCAGAUCCAGAUGCCGCAGAGGACCAUGGAAGUGAUCGAGGGUCAGAAAGUGGUGCUGCAGGCCUGGUAUAGCCCCAGCUCCAUCACUGGCAAGAACACCGUUCUCUGGAACUUUGUGGCCAAUAACACCCAACUGAUCAUCUCGUACACCCCAGACUCGAUCAGUUUUGGCAGCCCCCAGUUCGGGGAGCGCGUGGGCUUCACGGCCACCAUGCCCUCGGCCAACCUGUCCCUGUACAUCAACAACACGCAGGAGUCGGACUCAGGACGCUACCUCUGCCAGGUCAUCAUCCCCGGGGCCCAGGGCCUGACUGGAGAACUUAGCCUCAACGUCAAUGUCCCUCCUGCGGUCCCAGAGUGCUCUCUGUCAGGGAAGCCAGUUCUGAAGGGCAACGUCACACUGAGCUGCAAGUCUAAGUCAGGAAAGCCCAUCCCAAUGUACAAGUGGAAGAAGACCAGCCCCCCGUCCGAGGUCUUCUUCUCUCCCAUGCUCAAUGAAAAAACGGGCACGCUGAAGCUGAGCAACUUGAGCAGCAGCAUGUCGGGGAAGUACGUUUGUACGGCCAGCAACACAGCUGGCAAUGACAGCUGCUACAUCAACCUGGAGGUCAUUACCUCGACUAAUGCAGGGAUGAUUGCUGGAGCCACGGUGGGCUCUGUGUUGGUCUUCAUAUUCAUCAUCCUCUUCCUCGUCUACCUUCUGAGGCGAAAGAGAGACUAUGAAGAGGAACGGGCCAACGACAUCAAGGAGGACGCUCAGGCGCCCAAGCGCAUCUCGUGGGCCAAGAGCGCCGGCUCAGGAUCGGACGUGGUCUCCAAGAACGGCACACUCUCCUCCAUCACCACCACUACCAACAGGCCCCACCAGAGGGAGCCCUCGUCCCAGCACCACCACCACAACCACCACCUCCAGCAUUAUCCCCAACGCCCUCCCUCUGACACAGCCUCCAUCAUCACAGCCACAGGCAGCGUCUCUGGCUACCGCGCUGGACCACGCCACGGAGCAUCCACCCACGGCCAUGCCGUGCCGGACUACGGCUACAACGUGGCUACACCCCUGCCCCGUGUUCAACUGGCUAAUUCUGCAGCAUCCAGUGCCAACGGUAGCCCCAUGCCCAGAACCAAGCACCCACAGUCCUACACGCAGCCCCAGGCAGCACCUGCUUCCCCGCGCCCACCACCUCUGCCCACUAUUGUGACUGCGUCCAACAUCUCCCGCAUGGGAGGGGUGCCCAUCAUGGUGCCAGCUCAGAACCAGGCUGGCUCGCUGGUGUAACGCCAGUCUGCCAUGGUGCAUUGUCCCUUUACCCUUCAACGCUGUACUUACACACGUAGAUUUUCAAAAGGAAAAGAUUCAAAUGCCACUAAGAUAUGUCUAACUCGAGCAUUAAAGCUUGAAUUGGCCUUCGAGAAGCUGGGGCAUUUGAUCCGGUCAAAAUGCAGUGAGAUCAUUAGUAAGACCUUAAAAGAGAUGGACUGUGUUGCUACAUAAGGCAGUUUUAUUUAAUUAAGUAUAUGGAAAUACUUUUUUUUUUACACUUUUUAUACUCAGUUUGUAUGCUAAGGAUGCAUAGAUCUGGAUUUCAUACAUUUGUGCAGUAUCUUUUUUUAAAUUAUUAUUGUACUAUCAAUCAAUGUAUUUUUUACAAAGUUUUCCAAUGCAACUUUUUUCGUGGUUGUAUUUACUCUAUCUACCACGUCCUAUGAAGGCCAUUCGAUGACAUCACUUUAAAAAUGGGGACAAGAUGUCAUGACACCCACUGGUCAAUGCGUGUGUGUUGCCUGUGUAUUACAGCAAGAACAGUCAAUGCGUGGAUCCCACUGAUGUUUUACUUUAUGCAUUACGCGGAGAUUGUAUCGAUAUGACAACUGUAGAUUAGGACCAAAUAUAAAUAUAUAUGUUUAAUUGUCACAUACACGGAUAGGUGCAGUGAAAUGUGUUUUACAGGGUCAGCAAUAGUAGUGCUGCACCCCUGGAGCAAAUUAGGGUUAUGUGCCUUGCUCAAGGGCACAUUGACAGAUUUUCACCUUGUUGGCUGGGGUAUUCGAACGCUUUAAGCGCUAGGCUACCUGCCGCCCUGUGCUUCAAACCAAAUUUGCAUAUAUUAUUAAUUUUAUUCUCAAAUAUGGUGGACUACUGCUGAAUACCUGUCUAGCCACAUGCAGUUAAGAAAGUUUAAAAAAAAGACUGGGCAUACUAGAAUGAUAUUUUCUGCAACAUUUUCUAAAUCCUAGGUAAUCGUUGCCUUUUCAUGUACCUUGUAUAAAACUUCAUGCCAAUGCUCUUUAGACACAGCGCUUAAAACAUUACUAUUUUACUGCAUAGGAAUAGCUUAUAGUAUAAAAUACAAUUUGACACAUUACAUUUGAAUUUAUCGGCUAAGAUAGUGGUUAUAUAUGGUUCCACCAUUGAGUUGUAAUGAUUUUUGGUUGCUCUAAACAAGGAAAUUGUAAAUAAGAUAUUUACUAUUUUUCUUUCGAUUGUAUUUGAGGCUAUUCGUUGAAUCGUAUGUGACAGACUGGAUACAAAACCAAAGAGGUUUCAACUUGUCAACAUCCCAAGCUGAUGACAAAUAUAUUAAUGGAUAAUAGACCCAAAAUGUGUCACAUAAAAUGAGUCUAAUAUGAGGCAUAAAAGAUACAAGGCAUAAAACAAUUAAAGUGAUUUUGGCUAUGUCACUGAUCAAACUACCCUUGAGUCAAUCUGGACUUCUUUUGAUAGCAUUUACUUUGGCAAAACUCUACUGUCCAAUUUUUACCCCUAGUCUUGAUGGCUCUAUUCAGACAUGUCUGUGUGUAGCAAGGUAAUAUUGUUCCGCUAGGUUAUGAACAAGAUACUUGUAGUAGAUCCAAGAAACAAAGCGUGGCACACAAGACUACCCAUUUUAAAUAUGAAGUGGAGGUUUGUGUCACUUUAAAUCCGGGGACUGGUUAAUAUUAAUGGCUGGAGUUAAAUGAAUAGAACAGCUUAAAUGAAGCAUGUAGGUUUUCCUUCUAAGCCUAUCCUCAACCUCUGUAUCACUGGAGAAUAGCUAUUGCCAGUACACUGGAGCAGAGAGACACUGUUGGAGCUAGGAACACAAGCAUUUCGCUACACCUGCAAUAACAUCUGCUAAACAUGUGUAUGCGACCAAUAAAAUUUGAUUUGAUGUAAGACACCGUCUUAUGUCUGUUUUAUGCGCACAGAAGGUCAGACAGGAAGAAAAGCCAAAUGCUAAAAAGGAUUAGCCACAACAUCGCAGAGGAUGUGUGACAAUUUUUGUUGUAUGUGACAUACUUGUAUGUGUAGUGGUAUUCAAUGGCAAAUGCUUUUGCUGUUUUAAAGAUGGGAAAAAUAUGAAACAAUGUUCAAGACUGGCCUUUUGUGAUACUGUAAUGUAUAUGCAUGAUGUAAUACAGGGAUAGAAUUACAAAACAAACACAAAAUGAUAACAUUGAAUAUCACAGAACAUCUUAUAAAUACUAGUAAUCGAUUAGUUAUAACUGAUAAUGGAACGUAAGAAGACACACUGAUGGCUGUUGUGCUAAUGUAUGUAUAUAUGCUCAACCAUAGACAACUAUGUACAGUGUUUAAGUUUCUUCAACUUAUAUAUCUAUUGAAAAUACUCUAUCAAUAUUUUUAAUUAAAAGAUGAAUGGUUGUAAA